AUGGGUAGAGAGAGCUGGCUAGGGCUGGGCGGUCGCCUAAAGAAGGCAGUGAAGAAAUUAACAUUUGUACUCAGCUUCAAACUGAGGCGAUGGCAUUGGGCUUCCAUUGUUGGUUGCGCUUUUACCAGGCGCCGGUUGAGCUUUAAUGACCGAGUGGGCUUACAUGGCUGCAUCGAAGAUGAUCAAGGCGAGAAGUCCGAUGGAAAUCGUUCCUUUAGAGGGGUUCAACGAGCGAAAAGCUUUGCUUAUUCCGACGAUGAUGUUGAUAGGAGAGCGGAUAUUUUCAUUGCUAAUUUUCGUCGUCAGCUUCGUCUUGAAAGACAGAUUUCUUUGGAGUUAAGGUACUGUAAUGGGCGUAGUUUUAAAGGCGACGAAGAUAAUCAGUCGUUUUGA